GUUGCAGUCGUUACAGGAGGAAAUAACGGGAUAGGAUAUAUUACCUGUAGGGAAUUGGCCAGACAAAAUGCUCAUGUGUUUGUAUUAAGUCGUACCGUCGAGAAAGGUCAGGCUGCCAUUGAAAAAAUCAAAUCUGAGACUGGUAAUCAGAAUGUUGAAUUUCUAAAAUUGGAUUUAAAAAGUUUAAAAUCUGUUAAUGAAUGUGCCGAAAAUUUCUUGGCUAGAAAUUUACCAUUGCAUAUUCUAAUUAACAAUGCGGGAAUCACGACAGCUAAAUUUUCACUUACUGAGGAAGGAAUUCAAGAGGAAUUUGGU